AUGAAACGAAUCUAUAACUAUUCCCUCAUCACCAUCUCCAUCUGCCUCUCUGCUUCUUUUGUUGCUCCACUAGACGAUCCCCAAGGAAAAUGUGAAUUGGAUUUCACAUCGUACCCGUACCAACCAAGUGGGGAGUGUAUUCUGAAGAAAAAUGAGAAAAUAAAGGCAUGGAAUAGCAUACCAACAACUCGGUGCUGUCGGAACGUCCUCAUCACCUUGACGCAAGCACUGGCACACAGAGCAAAUGAAACACAGGGAAGCAUCUUCGUCGAACAAGAUGUUUGGACAGACUGCAGUAUUGCUCCAUUUCGACGACAGAACAGCAGCACUACUUUGUCUAUAAAUUCAUGUGGGUUUGACCAGCUUUAUUAUAACAGCAAGACUAAAUGUUCCAACUUAACUCUCACAAACAUUCAGCUACAGCAGGCUUACAAUGAUGCUGUGUCCUUUUGCUCUCGUAUGAACAAUGAAUUUCAGCUCUGUUCCAAUUGCUCCUCUGCAGUUUUGACAUUGAAAAACGCCCUUUUGGAAUUUUCUCGAGUAAAGAACAAUAAUAAGAUAGAGACGCAAGUUUGUGCAAUAGCUGCUGUCAUUUCUGUUGCUGCACACCGUUUUGACAAUGUCUCUUUCAUCCAGGAUUUCUAUGGGUGCUUGGCCGGGUUAGACGAGUUCGAUUCGUUAGCAGAAGCACUGUUUGCAAUCGUAAUGGCGGUUAUUAUUUUAGGACUGAUUAUUGUGGUGAUUAAACGUGUAAGCAAGGAGAGGCCUCGUAAGAGAAAGCAGGUUAAAUCGAAGGAGACUGCGAUAUGGUCGGGGCUCUACAGGUUCUCCAAGGCAGAGAUUGAGAAGGCCAUCAAUUUUGGGAAUGAGAAGAAGUGUUUGGGACGGGGCAGUGCAGGGCAGGUUUACAGAGGUGUAUUACCAAGUGGUCAAUUUGUGGCUGUCAAACACAUUUACAAGAACAGUAAAUCUGAUUCUUUCACUCGGGAAGUGGAAGGUCUUUCGAGGAUUCGACAUCCAAACCUGGUUUGCCUCUUUGGUUGCUGCAUUGAAGGAGAUGAGCAUUAUCUUGUUUACGAGUACUGUUCACAGGGGAACCUGGCUCAACAUCUCCUAAGAAAAGACACUGCUUUAACAUGGGCUAGAAGAGUGAGAAUUCUAAGAGACUGCGCGCUUGCUCUGAGGUUUCUCCACCAUUAUAUCGAUGGCUGUAUUGUCCACAGGGAUAUUAAGCUUACCAACAUCCUUUUGACUGAUAACUUGGAACCCAAGUUAUCGGAUUUUGGGUUGGCAAAGAUGCUGGGAAUGGAGGAAAGCAAAGUAUUCACAGAUGUUAGAGGAACUAUAGGUUAUAUGGAUCCGGAAUAUAUGAGCAACGCCAAGUUGACUUGUGCCAGUGAUAUUUACAGCUUUGGCAUCGUUGCUCUGCAACUUUUAUCUGGACAAAAGGCUAUUGAGUUGGAUCUUGAUGCUAGAGACCAACUUACCAGGAAGGCAAAAGAUGUGAGCAUGGGAAAACGUCCACUAAGUGAUUUUGAAGAUCCACGACUCCAUGGAGAAGUCAACCGAGCUGACUUCGAAUCCAUCCUGCAAAUUGCUGUCCUCUGCGUUGCCAAAUCAAGCAAAGGUCGACCAACCAUUGAUGUAGUCUUCGAUGAGAUGGAAAAAGCUUGGAAGAACACCCUUGUUGACAUGCGGGAUAAACAAGAUAAGACAACUUCAUCAGCAACAUCAUUGUCUGGAUCCAUGGAAAUCCUGCCAGUUUGACAGACGGCAUUCAUUAUGAGAAGAGUAAAAUAGUGAACAAGGUUUUGGUUUGAUGACUUGUGCAGUUUAUUCGUAACAGAGUGAGACACCGGUAUCCAAUUAGGAAAUAAGGGUAUUUUAUUACCAAAUGCAUCUUUACUUGUGGGGAAAAUUAAAACUAUAAAAAAA